UUAGGAAGUAACUCUUUGGAAACUUUUUCUUUUUGAAACUAAACUGAAAGCCAUUUUGGAGAUUCUGAGUUUUCAGUGAAAAUCAAGAGAGAUGGAGAAGAAGAGCAGAAUACUGAUAAUUGGAGUGACAGGAAAUCUGGGUUUCCACUUAGCCAAAGCCAGCCUCCAUUUUUCUCACCCAACGUUCGCUCUUUUCAGAGACUCUGCUUUCUCUGACCCAAUCAAAUCUCAAAAGCUUCACUCCCUCUCCAACUCCGGAGCCACACUCCUCAAGGGUUCUCUGGAAGAUGAAGCUAGCCUUAUAGAGGCGAUAAAGCAAGUGGAUGUUGUUGUUUCUGCUGUUUCUUCUAAACAGGUUCUUGCCCAGAAGCUUCUUAUCUCAGCUAUUAAACAAGCUGGCUGUAUCAAGAGGUUCAUUCCGUCAGAAUUUGGAGCAGACCCAGAUAAGGUUCAGAUAUCAAACAUGGCAUACGACUUCUACACACAGAAAGCUGAAAUUCGACGUCUUGUGGAAGCUGAAGGCAUUCCCUACACUAUCAUUUCCUGCAACUUUUUUAUGAGCUUUUUAAUUCCUUCACUUGUUCAACCGGACCUAGAGACUCCUCCAAGGGACAAGGCCACCAUCUUUGGCUAUGGAGAUACUAAAGGUGUCUUUGUGAAGGAAAGUGAUGUUGCUACCUUCACAAUUAGUGCAGUGGACGAUCCACGCACGUUGAAUAAGGUGGUGUAUUUGAGGCCCCCAGGAAAUGUGUACUCCGUCAAUGAGCUGAUUGAGAUUUGGGAGAGUAAGAUUGGGAAGAAGCUUGAGAAGAUAUAUGAACCAGAAGAAGAGCUCCUUAAGAAAAUAAAAGAGAUCCCAUAUCCCGAGAACAUGAAGUUCAUAUUCCUAUAUUCUGCUUUCAUAAAGGGUGAUCAUACAUACUUUGAUAUUGAGUUGUCUGGUGGUGUUGACGGGACAAAACUGUAUCCACAUCUGAAAUACACUACAAUCAGCGAAUAUUUAGACACCUUACUGUAAGAACCUCUAACAAUGUGUCAAUGUUGUUUAAUAAGUUGUAAUCAGUGAUC